CAGGGAACUUCGGCUUCGCGCUCGGCUAGCUCGUCCCGGCCCGUGGCCACCCCUCCUGCAACUCCGCAAUAUGGUCCAACCCGUGGCGCGGGGGCGGGCCCAGCCUUGGAGAGCUGGCCUUUGAGUAGAAGGCGGGAAAAUGGCGGAUUCUUCGGGGCGCGGCGCCGGGAAGGCUUCCGCCGCCGGUCCCAACCCCGCUAGUGGUGCCAAGCCAAGAGGAAAAAGAGCACAGGGUGGAAGAGUGGUCGAGUCUCGAUAUUUGCAGUAUGAGAAAAAAACGAGUAAAAAGGCUCCUGCAGCAGAUGCAUUGAAAGCCAGCGGGAAGGUGCCUGAAGGUGGAAGGAAAGCCACCCUGCUCCAGAAGAGCAAAGACGUUGAGUGUCUCGCUGCCCCUGGUGCUGACUUGGGGGUUCCUGUUUGGACCACAGAUGGCAGCGGGACCAUGAAGGGAGACCUGCAGUCCACGCUGCUGGAAGGGCAUGGCACGGCCCCGCCUGACCUGGAUCUCUCCGCCAUUAAUGACAGGAGCAUGGUCAGGAGGAUUCCACAGCUGGAAAAGACCGUGGCAAAGAAAACUGAGUCGACGUCAUUUAUUGCCCCGCGGAAAAAGAGCCCAGACCCAACAGAAGUGAUGGAGAUGAUGGAAUCCCAGACGUUACUGCUGAGCCUGCUGACGCUGAAGAUGGAGAACAGUCUUGCUGAGUUUGAGGAGGAGGCGGAGAAGAACUUGGUACUCGUGUGCAGAGAGGCGGCGGCCCUGCAGGAGCAGGCCCACGGGCUGCGGCGCAGGCUCCUCCUCUGCCAGAGGACCCGGGAGCUGGCCGAGACCCUCAACACCCAGAUGGAGCUGCUCAGCCCCUUCGAGGCGGUGUGUGAGCGCUUUAAGGAGCAGUACAGGAUGUUCGCCACAGCCCUGGACACCACGAGGCACGAGCUGCCCCUGAAGUCCAUCCACCUGGAGGGAGACGGGCACCAGCUCUUGGAUGCUCUGCAGCGUGACCUGGAGACCACCCACCGUCUCCUGGGGGAGCUGGGCGUGGGCAGUGCCGAGGAGAACGAGCAGGUGCUGGCCCUGCUGCGCGAGCUCAGGGACGCCACCUCGAGCAAAGACCUGGAGCUGCAGAGGAUCUUCUCCCAGGUGCUGGAACUUUCUGCUGAGGCGAGUAAAGAGGCAGCAUUGAUAAACCAGGAGGUCUGGGAAGAGGCCCAAGGCCUGGGGACCCCCAGCCAGUGGUACUUCAAUGCAGAUGGCACCUUCGGGAACCCUCGGGGAGAGCCGAGAAGCACGGUCCUCUCCGGGGACAACAAGCCACAUGCCCAGUGAAUCCCACGCAGGCCUGUCCCCUAACCCAAGCCAAGCCCUUCCUUCUGGGAGUUGGGAAGAAGACCCAUCUUGUGCCUCUUUUGGGGUGGGGUUCGCAGUGACUCGUGGCGUCAGACACUUGAGCACUUUACAGGCCGUGUCAGCGGCUCGGCUGUCUUGGUGUUUGUGAUGACCUCGUUUAAUGUUUAGGAAAUAAAACGUUUGCAUCCGGG